GUUUCAAGCACAUACGGCCACAGUCAGCUGAAAACUGGGCAUCCCGUCCGCUCUGCCAUACAUAAGCAGUUGAACGGCAGAUUAGUACUACGGUGGGUGACCACGUGGGAAUCCCUGCUGCUGUAUGUUUUGCGUUCGCCUGUUUGCUCCUGGUCCAAGAUUCUUUUUCUCGUCUGCGUGAACGUGGACUACUUUCCGAGGGAGAGCAAAAAAAAAGUCUCGUGUCUGUGGAAAAUCAUGACUUGGAGAGAAGGACCAUAUUAA